AUGGGUGCGAACCAGAGCAGUUUAGGCGAGAUCAAGCCUAAAGAGUCGCUGUAUGAUCUGCUGGGCGCCGAGAAGAAUGCCACUACGGAUGAAUUGAAAAAGGCGUAUCGCAAAAUCGCUUUGCAGCUGCAUCCAGAUCGCAAUUACAAUCAGGAGGAGGAGGCGACUGUUCAAUUCGCAAAAGUGCAAGCUGCAUACGAUAUUCUUUCCGAUCCUCAAGAAAGAGAAUGGUAUGAUACUCAUGAAACGAACGAGUAUAACGAAUAUCGACAUCCCGUCACGAGUACCGAAGAGCUAAAGAGGUACAUGGAUCCUGCAUAUGUAACUCUGAACCCCCAAAAGGACGAGUUUUAUCGUUUAGUGUCUGAGCUUUUCGAUAGACUACGGAACGAAGAAUUAGAAGCCGCAUUCGAUGAUAGCGUGGACUCGGGCAACGUUCAAGUCGCCAACGUUCCGUCUUUUGGCCAUAUCGAUGCACCGUGGUCUGACGUCAAAAGCUUCUACGCUGCUUGGGAAUCCUUUUCAAGUUUAAAGUCGUUUGCUUGGGAGGACAUAUAUCCUGUCCAUCAUGCUGCCGAUCGUAAGACCAAGAGAGCUAUGGAAAAUCGUAAUAAACGUCUGCGUGAUGCCUCCAAACGUGAGUAUAACGAUGCCGUUCGCUCGCUUGCACGCGGGAUUCGCCAACUAGACGUUCGCGCGCAGAAGCAACGCAGAAUCAAGUCUCAAGAGCGUGCCCAGGCCGAAGCCAAAGCUAAAGAGCAUGCUACUGCUCAAGCCAAAGCUGCAGCUGACGCACGUGGUGAGUUUAAAGAGCAGGAAUGGGCUAAAGUCGAAGAGUCUAGUACCAGUGAAAUUCCAGAAUGUAUUGCAUGCGAAAUGUCUUUUGAUUCUCUGGCAGAAUUCGAGGAGCAUGAGCUUUCAACUGCACAUGUUAAAGCAGUGAAGCAAUUGCAAAGAGAAAUGAUGGCUGAAGACCGUGAUUUCGGUUUGGCAGACAGUGUAUCAUCACUGAGCGUCGACGACAUUAUGGACGAGCUGGAUCAGCAUAAGAAAAAGCCUGUCAAGGCGGCGUCCCCAGCGGCCAAGUCAGGCAAGGCCAAGCAACGGCGGCAGAAAAAACAGGCACAGCAGUCAUUUGAAUUCGAAAUGAAGUGCAACACCUGCGGACAAGCAUUCGCAACCCGCAACCAAUUGCAGGAGCAUUCUCGUGCUACCCGUCACGUUUGA